GUCCCGUCCUUCCGUCCCAACGCCGGAAACGGAAGUGGCCACGAUGACUUCCGGUCGGCCUCCUGGAGGUGGAAGCCGCUGCACGGACGUGUUCCUGUGGUAUGAUAUGUGCAGAGAUUCUGCCUGCUUUUUGACCAUGAAGGAGACAGAUCUGGAGGCUGUUGCAACAGCAGUUCAGAGGGUUGCUGGGAUGCUUCAGCGCCCAGACCAGCUGGACAAAGUGGAGCAGUAUCGCAGAAGGGAGGCUCGGAAGAAGGCUUCUGUGGAGGCCAGGCUAAAGGCUGCAAUCCAGUCUCAGCUGGAUGGGGUACGCACAGGCCUGAGCCAGCUCCACAAUGCCCUGAAUGAUGUCAAGGAUAUCCAGCAGUCCCUGGCUGACGUCAGCAAGGACUGGAGGCAGAGCAUCAACACCAUCGAGAGCCUCAAAGAUGUAAAAGAUGCCGUGGUGCAGCACAGCCAGCUGGCCGCUGCAGUGGAGAACCUCAAGAACAUAUUCUCUGUGCCUGAGAUUGUGAGGGAGACCCAAGAUCUCAUCGAGCAAGGGGCUCUCCUGCAGGCCCACCGGAAGCUAAUGGACUUGGAGUGCUCUCGGGAUGGGCUCAUGUGUGAGCAGUACCGCAUGGACAGUGGGAAUAAACGGGACAUGACCCUCAUUCAUGACUACUUUGGUAGCACACAGAUGCUCUCUGAUGAACUGGCUAAGCAGCUGUGGAUGGUGCUGCAAAGAUCACUGGUCACUGUCCGCCGUGAUCCCACCUUGCUGGUCUCUGUGGUCAGAAUCAUUGAAAGGGAAGAAAAAAUUGACAGGCGGAUACUGGACCGAAAAAAGCAAACUGGGUUUGUUCCUCCUGGGAGGCCCAAAAACUGGAGGGAAAAAAUGUUUACCAUCUUGGACAGAACUGUGACAACUAGAAUCGAAGGUACACAGGCAGACACCAGAGAGUCUGACAAGAUGUGGCUUGUGCGCCACCUGGAGAUCAUCAGGAAGUAUGUCCUGGACGAUCUCAUCAUUGCCAAGAACCUGAUGGUCCAGUGCUUCCCUCCCCACUAUGAGAUCUUUAAGAACCUCCUGAGCAUGUACCACCAGGCCUUGAGCACUCGGAUGCAGGACCUCGCUUCAGAGGACCUUGAGGCCAAUGAGAUUGUGAGCCUUUUGACAUGGGUCCUAAAUACCUAUACCAGUGCAGAGAUGAUGGGGAAUGUGGAGCUGGCCCCAGAAGUGGACGUUAGUGCCCUGGAGCCUCUACUCUCUUCAAACGUGGUCUCUGAGUUGCUUGACACAUACAUGUCAACACUCACAUCCAACAUCAUCGCCUGGCUUCGGAAGGCACUGGAAACAGACAAGAAAGAUUGGAGCAAAGAGACAGAGCCAGAAGCAGACCAGGAUGGCUACUAUCAGACUACACUUCCUGCCAUUGUGUUCCAGAUGUUUGAACAGAAUCUUCAAGUUGCUGCUCAAAUAAGUGAAGAUUUGAAAACAAAGGUACUGAUUUUGUGUCUUCAGCAAAUGAAUUCUUUCCUAAGUAGAUACAAAGAUGAAGCCCAGCUUUACAAGGAAGAGCACCUGAGAAACCGGCAACACCCACACUGUUAUGUGCAAUACAUGAUUGCCAUCAUCAACAACUGCCAGACCUUCAAAGAAUCCAUCGUCAGUCUGAAAAGGAAAUACCUAAAACCUGAAGAGGAGGGCCCAUGUCUGAGUCAGUCAAGCAUGGAUGGGAUUCUAGAUGCCAUUGCUAAGGAGGGCUGCAGUAGUCUGCUAGAGGAAGUCUUCCUGGAUCUAGAGCAACAUCUGAAUGAGCUGAUGACAAAGAAGUGGCUGUUAGGGUCCAAUGCUGUGGACAUCAUCUGUGUCACUGUAGAAGACUACUUCAAUGACUUUGCCAAAAUCAAAAAGCCAUAUAAAAAGAGGAUGACGGCUGAGGCACACAGGCGUGUGGUGGUAGAAUACCUGCGGGCUGUCAUGCAGAAGCGCAUUUCCUUUCGAAGUGCUGAAGAGCGCAAGGAGGGUGCUGAGAAGAUGGUCAGAGAGGCUGAACAGCUCCGCUUCCUGUUCCGGAAGCUGGCAUCUGGAUUUGGUGAAGAUGCAGAUGGACACUGUGAUACAAUUGUUGCAGUGGCAGAGGUUAUUAAGCUCACAGACCCCUCUCUGCUUUACCUAGAAGUCUCAACUCUGGUCAGCAAAUAUCCAGAUAUCAGAGAUGACCACAUUGGUGCCCUGUUGGCGGUGCGAGGAGAUGCCAGCCGGGACAUGAAACAGACCAUCAUGGAGACGCUGGAGCAGGGCCCCAUGCAAGCAAGCCCCAACUACGUGCCCAUCUUCAGGGAGAUCGUUGUGCCAAGUCUGAAUGUGGCAAAACUCCUUAAGUAGCCCUGCCUUCUGCUGCCUCUCAUGUCUUCAUGUGUGGCUUCCUGUUGCCACCCUAAGAAGCCAAUGUAUUAAAACAAAAGCCCUCCU